UUUUGGGUUUCCCUCGUCUCAGCCUAAAAACAAAACCUUAUCUCCUCCUCCUCCUUUCCCCGACCAUGUCUGAUUCUGAUCCUUACUCCAAUUACUUCAAUGGCUGGUUCAAUCUAACCCCUUUCAACCCUUUAUUUCACUCGCCAUCCACUUCGAGUCCGUCUCCACUGGCUCCUGUUAGUGGCUACUACUACAAUGGCUGCUCCAACACGAUCUUCCAUGGGAACCCUUCUUCCCCUCCACUGAAAGAAGCUCUCCCUCUUCUUCCAACAAGGUUUUAUGAAGAGCAACAAGAGAGUUCUUCCAUGGAAGUGGAGAAAAGAAAUGGAAAUGAUGAAGAAACCGUCACUGUUGCUCUUCAUUUGGGACUCGCACCUGCAAGCCCUACUUCUUGUGCUGCUGCUGCUGAUUUGAUCUCCAGAUUUACAACCUCAUCGUCUGCUGAUAUUCAACAAGACUCGGAGUCGGGCGCAGAGAAAGAAGAUCAUGACACUGUUAAUGCUUCGCAAUACCUAUCGAAUAGCCUCAACAAGGGUCAAUAUUGGAUCCCAACUCCAUCCCAGAUUCUAAUUGGACCUAUUCAGUUUUCAUGCCCACUUUGCUUCAAGACCUUCAACAGAUACAACAACAUGCAGAUGCAUAUGUGGGGGCAUGGAUCUCAGUAUAGGAAAGGGCCAGAGUCACUAAGGGGAACCCAACCGACGGCAAUGCUGAGGCUGCCUUGCUAUUGUUGCGUACCUGGGUGUCGGAACAACAUCGACCAUCCUCGGUCGAAGCCGCUCAAAGAUUUCAGAACCCUUCAGACGCAUUACAAGAGGAAGCAUGGGAUCAAGCCUUUCAUGUGCAGGAAAUGCGGGAAGAGCUUUGCGGUGCGAGGUGAUUUGAGAACACACGAGAAAAACUGUGGGAAGCUCUGGUAUUGUAGCUGUGGGUCUGAUUUUAAGCACAAGAGAUCUCUCAAAGAUCAUAUUAAAGCAUUCGGGACUGGGCAUUCGGCAUAUGGGAUUGACUGCUUUGAUGAAGAAGAUGAAGCAGGUUCCGAAAACGAACAAGACAAUGAAUCCUCUCAGUAACAAAUAUCAAUAAGCCUUUAUGAUCCAUUGUAGUUUGUAGCCCCUCCGUUUGUUUAGUUUCCUGGGUUUUCUUUCAGCUUGGUGGUACUACUAGAGACUCCUCAUCUGUAAUUCUAAGCAGGGAAAUGUAGAAAUAUCAUCUGA